AACAGCAGCCAGGCCCACACCCGUCCCGCGCUCGUUUCGUUGCAACAGUUGUCAAGCCGAUUGUUUUAUAUUUACUUGUCUCAAUUGAAAAAUCCGGUGGUGUAGUGACUCAGCAUCUGGCCCAUUCCUUGUUUCCAUCAUGAGCUCAGACACUUUGUCCGCAGUGAAGGGCCUCUCCGACCAGGAACUGCGCGAGAAGCUGACAGGAUUGGGAAUGGAUGUAGGGCCUAUCACAGGCACAACAAGAACUCUCUAUGAGAGGAAAUUGGUCCAGCUGCUGACAGGAAGUUUGCCUGAAUUCGGCGGAGACGCAUCUCCAACUCCGCCUAAGUCACCCCCAAAAUCACCACGGAAGCCUUCUCCACGCAAACCAGUUGACGAAGGGCACUAUGGUGCUGCCCCAGACCAUGACACUGCUGAUGGCUACACCAUGGGAGAGGUAAAUGCAUCUGUGCGACAGCCCCUCGAGAGUUCUACUAUCAACCUAAUACGAGCCCGAAAGCCUGUAUCCCGAGCUGUAAUCGAAGAACCCUUUUCACGGCAAUCAAUUCCACGACAGUCUUCACCAUUCCCAGCUGCCAAUGCGCAGUUCAGGAAAGCAGAGCCAGGAAGUGGUGGGUCUACUAUGGAUCAUGUAUUGAAAUUUGCUCUGUUUGGCAUUGUCAUGCUAGUGAUCAUUUAUUUCAUAACUAAUCAGGAACCUGGAAAGUCCUUAGAACACAGGACUUAAACAUCCUGAUAUGUUUAUUUGCCUACCUUGUUACUCUCAUUUCUUACCCACUAUGUUUUUUUAAUCCUAAUAUAAUUUGAUAUCUCAACUCCUAUUUAGAUCAUGUUAUGCAA